AUGGGAUUUACUGCUCAUUGGAUUGACGACCAGUGGAAACUUGUUAGUCGCUGUCUUGGAACAAAAUUCGUGCCUCAAGAUCACACAGCAACCAAGCUGGGUGAAUGUAUGGAAGACGUCAUGAAACACUGGGAACUGGAUCCGAAAAAGUUAUCAGCCAUUACAACCGACAACGCAGCCAACGUUUUGAAGGAGUGUGCAACGCGUUGGGGCUCAACUCACCGAAUGAUCAGCAAGUUUUUGAAAAGUAAAAAAGCACUGCGUAGGGUGUUGAACAAGGACAAGGAUACGGCACAUCUGGUUCCAAAAUGGCAAGAUAUAGAAGUUUUAGAAGCAGUCGAUGCUGCUCUUUCUCCACUUGCUCAAUUUACUGAUAUAAUGUGCGCAAGCAAGUACGUAACCAUUUCUGCUCUGAAGCCCGUCCUGUAUCGACUGAAACACGAAGAGCUUGCAGUUGGAGAAAAAGAUCUUCCACUUACUGCCAGUAUAAAGAAAAACAUCAUGAAAUACCUUGAAGACAAAUAUGCGAGUGACGAAAAGCAACAGCUAAUGAAUGUCACUUGCUUUCUUGAUCCCAGAUACAAGAGUGAUUUCUUCCCGGACAACGAAGAACCUGAAGCCGAAGGUUGUGACAUUGAAACUGUGUGCGAGUUAGAUGCAGUCAAAGAGACCCUUCUAAAAGACGCAGUUUUUCUCAAGAUGCCUGAAGAGACCGUAGAGGAACACAGUAACCAGCCACCGCCAAGUAAGAAAGCUAAGAAGACCCUUGGCUCUCUCACAAGUAUGAAGAAGAUCAAACAAUCGCCGUCGCCAGCCCAGUCACCACGAGAUCGCGUGGCAAACGAAAUUGCCCGAUAUUUGCAAUUUCCGACGAUCGAUGGAGAUGACGACCCACUCCAGUGGUGGAAAUUCCACGAGAAUGACUUUCCUCUCCUGUCGCAGUAUGUCCGACGAUACCUGGCGAUUCCCGCGAGCAGUGCUCCAACUGAAAGACUUUUUAGUAAAGCGGGACAGAUAGUUACGGCGAAGCGAGUAAACCUCAAGCCAAGCCAGGCAAACAUGUUAGUGUUUCUCGCAGAAAAUUUAUAA